AUGUUGAAAGUAGCAACCACUUUGAGAGUAAUUUCCAGCCAGGGCAAUCAGGUACGUACGUUAGCAACCGCAGCUGCAUACAAACAGGCAUUAGUAAAUGUUCCACCGACUAAACUCACAGUACUCGAUAAUGGUUUGCGUAUUGCUACUGAAGAUUCGGGAGCCGCCACUGCCACUGUAGGACUCUGGAUCGACGCUGGCUCCCGCUAUGAAACCUCCAAAAACAAUGGUGUCGCUCAUUUCCUUGAACACAUGGCUUUUAAAGGUACCAGUAAAAGAUCGCAGACGGACUUAGAACUACUGGUAGAAAACAUGGGUGCACACUUGAACGCUUACACCUCCCGGGAACAAACAGUUUUUUACGCAAAAUGCCUCGCUAAUGACGUUCCCGUAGCAGUAGAGAUCCUUGCUGAUAUCAUACAGAAUUCCUCCCUCGCCGAACCCGAAAUCGAACGAGAACGCGGUGUCAUUCUUCGCGAAAUGCAAGAUGUCGAAAGUAACCUUCAGGAGGUUGUGUUUGAUCACCUUCACGCAACAGCAUUCCAAGGUACCCCAUUGGGUCAAACGAUUCUUGGACCUACCAAAAAUAUUAAGAAAAUCUCUAAGGCUGACCUACAGAGCUACAUUAGGAACCACUAUCAACCUGGACGUAUUGUUUUGUCUGGAGCUGGUGGAGUUGAACAUGAAAGGUUAGUAGAUCUGGCCAGUAAGCAUUUUAGUGGAUUAAAGAACUCAGCAUGUGAUGUUGAGCUGACACCCUGCAGAUAUACUGGAUCAGAGAUCAGGGUCCGUGAUGAUUCAAUGCCGCUAGCUCAUGUAGCUAUAGCUGUUGAGGGAGCUGGUUGGACUGAUGCUGACAACAUUCCUUUGAUGGUUGCCAACACUCUUAUUGGUGCCUGGGACCGCUCUCAAGGUGGUGGUGCCAAUAAUGCUUCAUACCUAGCGCGUGCUGCCUCAGUGGGCAACCUCUGCCACAGUUUCCAGUCCUUCAACACUUGUUAUAAAGACACUGGUCUAUGGGGCAUUUACUUUGUAGCUGAGAGUCUACAACUUGACGAUAUGUUAUAUAACAUCCAGAAGGAAUGGAUGAAACUCUGUACAUCUGUAACUGAAGGUGAAGUUGAGCGUGCUAAGAACUUACUCAAGACCAACAUGCUUUUGCAACUUGAUGGAACCACUCCUGUCUGUGAAGAUAUUGGUCGUCAAAUGCUCUGCUACAACAGACGCAUCCCCAUCCAUGAACUUGAUGCUCGUAUUGAAUCUGUUACUGUACAGAAUGUACGUGAUGUUUGCUACAAAUACUUAUUUGACCGUUGUCCGGCUGUAGCUGCCGUUGGACCUACUGAAGGUCUUCCUGACUACACUAGGAUUCGUGGUGGAAUGUACUGGGUCAGGGCUUAA